AGCUGAAGCAUGGCGGACCUGGAGCUGUUUGUCGCGCCAGCGACGCUUCUCAGCUUCGGAUGUUAACAUGUUGCCUUUGAGCUUUCGUUUAUUAGGUAUUUAAUGUAGGCUUCUACAGUUUAACCGCGCACCGAGCGGUUAAACUCUUUUGUAAAAUCGGGUCGAUGCUGUAAAGGUUAAAAUAUUUUUUAAUUUCCCCUUUCUUCCUGCGCUUUCGCAGGUCCUUCCAACCCACCACCGUGAAAUUUAUCUCUGACAUUAUCACUAUUUUAAACUUAUUCAUCAAAAACUCGUUUGAGUGUUUAGUAGAUUAAAUGAGGUAUAACGCUGGUUGAAAUUACAGUCGGUAACCGUUUCAAAUGAUUUGUAACGUUAACAUGGUCCAGGUCGACCCCGCUGGAAAUAGGGAGAUUAUUCUUAAAUACAAAUAAGCUCUAGGUUCUCUGUUAGGUGCGAACAGUCUUGAAAACUGUGACAACAAAAACAGAAAAAUGUUUGAAUUUAAGCUUCGUUUGGCAUGUCAAUUUGCCCUUGGCCAUGUAAUGCAUUGGCUCCUCGUUUUUAUCAUCCAUAUGUUAUAAAAUAGAAUUAAAUUCACGAUGUAUUUUAUGUCGUUGCGGCUCCAGGUGAACGUUAUGGCAGCUCUUUAGCUGCAUAAAUGGUGAUAUCGAUAGUUUUGAUGUAGCUAGGUCACACCGUGGACACCACAGUGAGCCGGGGCCAUCAAGGACACGAUGAACAACGAGCAGCCGCCAUCAUGGGAGCACAGCUCGGCUACCCCUCGCUGAAGAAUGCACUGGGUUUUGUUAGAAAAUCCCAAUAAUAAACGUCGAAAAACUGAAUAAAACGGUCUGCACAUACUCUGAAAACAUGUAUUAACUAUAGGCGAAUAUUAUAUGGAUUUCCUCGCUCCGGUCUGAGGAAGAGAAGAUUAUAGAUACAAGACAAUACAACCACAAAUGAAUGGAGAAAUGGAGGCAACUACCCAAGACCAAGUUUGGGCACAGGAUGACCUCCUAAAACUGCUGGAGGCCAUGAAAGUGGCCCUGCCUCAGAAAGACGUGAGUAAAUACAAAACAUCAGAGUCGCACCUCGACUGGCAGAAGGUGGCCUUCAACUCCUACACAGCAGAGAUGUGUAAGCAGAAGUGGCAGGAGGUCUCUAAAGAGAUUCGUAAAUUCAGGACCCUAACGGAGCUGAUUGUUGAUGCGCAAGAUUACAUCAAGAACCCUUACAAGGGCAAGAAAAUAAAGAAACACCCAGAUUUUCCCAAGAAGCCCUUGACUCCAUACUUCCGUUUCUUCAUGGAAAAGAGGGCCAAAUAUGCGAAGUUGCACCCUGAGAUGAGUAACCUAGACCUAACUAAAAUCCUCUCCAAGAAAUACAGGGAGCUGCCUGACAAAAAGAAGAAAAAAUAUGUCGACGACUUCUUAAGAGACAAAGAAUCAUUUGUGCAUAGCAUGAUGAAGUUCAGGGAAGAGCAUCCAGACCUUGUGGAGAGUAUGACCAAGAAAGGUUCAAAUGUACCAGAAAAGCCCAAGACACCUCAACAGCUGUGGUACAACCAUGAAAAGAAGGCCGUCCUUAAGACACGCCCAGAUGCGACAACCAAAGACAUUAAGGACAGUCUUGGCAAACAGUGGACGCAGCUAUCAGACAAGAAGAGACUCAAAUGGAUCAUGAAGUCUCUGGAGCAGCAGAAACAGUAUGAGGAAACAAUGAGGGAGUACAUCCAGCAGCAUCCAGAGUUAAACAUGACCCAAGAGGAUAUCGUGAAGUCCACCCUGACUAAAGCUGAGAGGCACCUGAAGGACAAAUCUGACGGCCGACCUGACAAACCCCCUCCAAAUGGUUACUCGAUGUUCUGCGCGGAGUUGAUGUCGAGCAUGAAGGAUGUACCCAGCACCGAGCGCAUGGUGAUGUGUAGCCAGCGGUGGAAGCUGGUGAAACAGAGUGAGAAGGACGGCUACCAGAAACGCUGUGAACAGAGAAAGAAGGAAUAUGAAAUUGAGAUGCACAGAUUUCUCAGUAGUUUGUCAGAGGAGGAGCAGCAGCGGGUCUUGGGCGAGGAGAAGCUAGGUUUUAAGAGGGGCAGUGGAGCCAGCAGUCCUGCCUCCAAAAAGAAGAGUUCAAAAGCAAAGGCCAGCCCAGAGAAACCCAAGCGGCCCAUCUCAGCCAUGUUCAUCUUCUCUGAGGAAAAACGUCCCAAACUGCAGCAGGAGCGAACAGACCUUUCUGACAGUGAACUAACAAGACUUCUGGCACGCAUGUGGAAUGAGCUGGCGGAGAAGAAAAAGGAGAAGUAUAAACGCCUUGAAACAAUCCUGAAGGCAGAAUCGGAGAAGAAGGAGAAGGAGGACCGUAGCCGUCUGCCAGACCCACCCAAGAACGCUCAGGAUAUUUGGCAGCAAAGUGUCAUAGGAGAUUACUUGGCCAGAUUUAAGAAUGACCGGCCAAAGGCGCAGAAAGCAAUGGAAGCAACCUGGAGCACCAUGGAGAAAAAAGAGAAGAUUAUGUGGAUCAAAAAGGCAGCAGAGGAUCAGAAAAGAUAUGAGAGAGACCUGUGUGAGAUGCGCUCACCUGCUCCUGCCAUAGCCUCAGGGAAGAAGAUGAAGUUUGAUGGUGAACCCAAAAAACCACCAUCAAACGGAUACCAGAAGUUCUCUCAGGAGAUGCUGUCCAACGGAGAGCUGAAUCACCUCCCCAUGAAAGAGCGGAUGGCAGAGAUUGGCAGCCGCUGGCAGAGGUUGCCGCUGAAGGACAAGGACCGCUACAAAAAGAUUGCUGAGGAGAAGCAGAGGCAGUACAAAGUCCAACUGGAACAGUGGCUUGCUAGUUUGUCUCCCCAAGAGAGAAACACUUACAAAGAAUAUAAUUCACAAAAAAGGAGAAGUACAGCAAAACCAGGAGCCCCAAAAGCAAAGAUCAAGAAAUCUGACACAGAGGAGGAGGAUGAUGAAGAUGAGGAUGAAGAUGAUGAGAAAGAGAAGGCUUCCUCUGAGGCAGACUCAUCCAGUGAGGAGGAUGAUGAGGAUGAUGAAGAUGAUGAUAAGGAAGAGGAGGAGGAUGAUGAUGAGGAGGAGGAUGAUGAUGACGAGGUGGAAGACAAGGAGAACAAGUCCGGGGAGAGCAGCAGCGAGUCGAAUUCACAGGGGACGUCAGACUCUGAUUCGGACUGAAACGGCCCGGCGUCUACCCAAGACUAACUGAGCGGCGCUGAGCCAAGAGUCCAGGGAGCUCUGCCACUGUGCCAACCCUGCUCUACUCCCACCACCAGAAGGAGUACCUGCAUUGCCUCUUUCAUUUCCCACUCAUCCACUUCAUGUUGCUGCACCUGUGACGUGUAGUCAUGGAGGGGACCCUGCCCUAAUGUUCAGAAUCUGUUUCAUCCCCUCCCCGGUGUGAUAGUCUUCUCACAGCACAGGCCUGCUGACAUUAUGCCAAAAACCCACCGGUUUUCUGGCUUCAAUGUUGAUAUACAAGUUCAGUGGAGUUUGAAUGUGGAGAGUAAUGAAUACCCUCUGGUGUUUAUUUUAUUCUUCUGGUAAUUAGAUGGAGACAGGUGACAUGAGUCGUGAACAGACUUCACAGACUCAGAGAACAGUGUGGCAGAUCACUUUAGGGAGGGAGGGGGUAAUGCAAAAUUGCACUCUUCAGAAUGCUUCCUUUAAUAUUUUUUUUUUUCCAGAACAUUGUCAUAUUGUUCUUUAUUCUCGAUUUGUGAUGUUGAUUUUAUGGUUUAGUUCUUACAGAGGCGGUAUUUUUUCAGGAAAAAAAAAAUCAAGCCAUUUUGGAUGUCUUCUUUUGUUGCUGGAAAAAUUCACACCCUGUUACUAAAAGACAUGGUGCCUAUAAAGUGUUCACCCACCCUUCAACUUUUUCAUGUUUUACUGUUUGACAACACUGAACCAAAGUGGUAAGGCCUUUUGACACUAUUCAACAAAAAAAGGACCCUCUAAUACUGCAACACUGAUGUCACUAUGUGAGUUCACACACAUUUUGGGUGUUGUUAGAAAUGCAGUUAUAUUUAAGCAGAAUUUUAACUGACAUUAGUCUCACCAAACUCUAAGACAGCAGCAAGUGAACUUCCAAAAGGACGUUUUCCUGUAAUACCACAAAGAAAAAUCACCUUCAAAUGUACCUAGGUCAAGUACAAACAUAAAACAAUACAUUCUUCAAUAUUAAUAUAAGCACCUUUUGCAGGACUUGCAUCCCUGAUGCCGUGAGCCUUGGUUUCUAGCAGCUUUGCAUUUCCCCUGUUUUUGCAAAACUGCCUGGUUGCAGCAGGGAGACGGGGCUGUGAGUAAACAAUAAUUUCCGAGUCCUGCAUUAAUUCUCUAUUGAAUUUAAUUCACUAAUGGGCUUCUUCCACCGCCACAGUCUUCUCUAAACAGAUUUACAUAUCCUGUUUUUAAAUGGCUGAUCUUUCAGGCUAUUCUGGGUUUUGAAAACCUUUUUUUUUUGUAUCAUUCACCUUUGACUAGUUGUUUGGAAUAUUUCUCAACCAGAGAACUGAUUAGAGAGAAUUUACGGGUUACACAAUAUUGAUCUUCUUUCAGCUGAUGUGACCUAUAAAACCAAAUGGCUGCACUGGUAAAUACUUACAUGAGCAACUAAGUUCACUUUGUUUAGAUCAACUUAAGAUUUGUUUUCACUUUAACAUCAGUUUGUGUCAGUGUCAAGAAACCAAGUUCAACCACAAAAAGGUCCAAGGGAGGUGGAAUACAUCAUUAGAAGGGAUAAUAUUUGUUCCCCACAUUUAUAGCUCCGUUUUUAAAAAGUACGUCAAACAGUUGGUGUAACUUUCUUAUUUGAACUGUUGCUUUAAGUUUAAUUUACAGUUCAUUUGGAUUCUUAAUAGGUUUUAAUUGUGAGCAGCUGUGUUCUGGUCCAUAGGAAAUUAUUUGUAGAUGUUGAACCAAAAGGUUUCAUCACUUUGGUUUGAAAUGUUACUGACUGUAAUCCAUCUGGGCUUUAUUCUGAUGCUUAUCCAAAAAUGAAUUGUGCACUUGAUGUAAAUCUGUCCCUCUGUGUGAGCCUGUGUGCACAGAACUGUGUAUAUAUGAGGGGGUGUGUGUAUUUCUUUGCUUAAGUGUGUGACGUUUUUUGCUGUUUUGUUGCAUACCAUGAUGUGACUGCAGCAUGCACGUCUGUGCCUGUGUGGGGACGUCAUACCAGCACCAUGAAUGUAGAUAUUGUUAAAUCUUUUAUUUUAUUUUGUUUUUCUUCCUCCAAAGGUCUUUGGUGAUUUUUUUUUUCCUGCUCUGCACUGUCGUGUCAUUCAUUACCUUACAGUGGACUAAUGACGAGACUUCCUGAUCGAUCAUUCUCGAUCUACACCUAGAUGAGUACGUGGCAACUAUUACUAGUAAUGGACUGAUUGUGACUAUUAUGAAUCACAGACAAACAACCAGCGUGGACUAUAUAGAUACAGUCACUAGGGCAGCGAAAAGCAAAGUGAUUGCUCAUACUGAUUGAUAAGGUGAUUCAGGGAACUGAGUCGCCGGUUGAAUUGGAGCCUAAAAAGAGACUUGUAAUUAUUUUGUAAAUAUUGUUUUUGUAUCAAGUGCUUAUUGUUUUGUUAGUACUUGAAUUUAGCAAACCCUCACCUGUGACUUCUGAGGCCAGUGAGUCUUCCACUCACAGGGAGAAGGUUUUGGUUUAAGUCACUUGUUUCAGUUGUUUCUUCUCUCCCUUACGUUGGUUUACAAAAAUAUCUAAGACAGCAAAGCUUUACAAGUUUGUACUGCUGAAUAUUUGACAAUUUGAUGUUUUCUAUAGCUGAGGGUGUUCUUAUGUCCUUGUAGUUCAAGUAUUUGGGCAAAUAAAACAAACAAAAAAGAUCUUUAA